CAGAGGUGCUGCAGGAGGAGGAGCAACACAGGUAGCUUCAGUGUAGCAUUCCUGAAGUAAAACGCAUUGUUGUUCGGAGCUGCAGUCAGUCAAGGCAUGUCUCUGGGUUUUCUGUCUGACGAAAUAUUAUACUAAGUUCAUCAGGUCUUCUCAACAACUUACUCUAAUACUGACAUGUCUUCUGUCAGCUGCCUGCUAUAUGAAGAUCAGUUCCUCUGCUCCAUCUGUCUGGAUGUGUUCAGGGAUCCAGUCAGCACACCAUGUGGACACAACUUCUGUAAUACCUGCAUCAUUGACCACUGGAAUAGUAAUGACAAAUACCAGUGUCCUAUGUGUAAAGAGGCUUUUGCCACAAGACCAGAUUUGAAAGUGAAUACUUUACUCUCUGAGAUGGUGGCUCAAUUCAGACAGUCGGCUCAACAGAAAGCCAGAAACAGCCGCAGCAGCAGCUCAGAGCAACAAGUCUUCAAACCAGGAGAAGUUCCCUGUGACGUCUGCACUGAAACCAAACUGAAGGCCCUAAAGUCCUGCCUGGUGUGUCUGACCUCCUACUGUGAGACUCACCUGGAGCCUCAUCUGACAGCUUCAAGCCUGAAAAGACAUCAGCUGACCGACCCUGUGGAGAACCUGGAAGACAGGAUGUGUCUGAAGCACGAUAAACCUCUGGAGCUGUUCUGUAAGACCGACCAGACAUUUGUGUGUCUGCUAUGCCAUGUUUCAGACCACAAGAUGCAUGAUGUGGUUCCUCUGGAAAAAGAAUAUGGAGAAAAGAAGGUCAAACUGUGGAAGAUAGAGGCGGAAAUUGAGCAGAUCAUCCAGAAAAGACAACUGAAGAUUCAGGAGAUCACACGGUCAGUCGACCUUGGUAAAGAAGAUGCAGACAGAGAGGUAGCAGAAGGUGUUCGGGUCUUCACUGCUCUAAAGGAUUCUGUUGAGAGAGGACUAAACGAGCUCAUUCAAACGAUAGAAGUGAGUCAGGAAAUGGCACAGAAACAGGCUGAGGGUUUAAUCAAAGAGCUGGAACAGGAAAUCUCUGAGCUGAAGAAGAGAAGCUCUGAGGUUGAGCAUCUCGUACGCUCUAAAGACUACCUCCAUCUUCUCCGAAGCUUCCAGUCCUUUAAAUCUCCUCCCCAUACAAAGGACUGGACAGAGGUCAGUGUCUGUCAAUCAUACGAGGGGAAUGUAGUAAGAAAUGUGCGCCAGCUGGAGGAGACAAUCAGUAAAGAGAUUUUGAAGCUGCUUCCUGUGGCUGAGCUGAAGAGGGUCCAGAGGUGCGCAGUGGAUGUGACUCUUGAUCCUGAUACAGCACAAGCUGAACUCAGACUGUCUGAUGAUAAGAAAGAAGUAAAUCAUUGUGGUGGGAAGAAGAAGAAUCUCCCGGACAAUCCAGAGAGAUUUACUAAUCGUACUUUUGUUUUAGGAAAGCAGGGUUUCUCUGCAGGCAAAUUCUACUAUGAAGUUCAAGUUAAGGGGAAGAUAAACUGGGAUUUAGGAGUGGUCAGAGAGUCGAUCAAUAGGAAGGGAGGAAUCUCAAUGAGCCCUCAGUAUGGCUAUUGGGCGAUAUGUUUGAGAAAUGGAAAUAGGUACAAUGCUCAUGCGGACCCUCCAGUCGGCCUCUCUCUGAGGUCUCAGCCUCAGAAGGUGGGGGUGUUUGUGGAUUAUGAGGAGGGUCUGGUCUCCUUUUAUGACGUAGAUGCUGCAGCUCUUAUCUACUCCUUCACUGGCUGCUCCUUCAAAGGGAAACUGUUACCGUUCUUCAGCCCCUGUAAUAAUGAUGGUGGUAAAAACUCUGCACCUCUGAUCAUCUGUCCUGUCAAGGCCUGACCUUAUCAUGACUACUUUAUAGAACAAUAAAAGCGUUGACAACGGUACAUAUAGUCAUUAAAUGCGUCUUUAACCUUUCAUAUCCACAUUGUAAAUGUGCACCAGAAAACAUUUCAUAGCACAAAAGCAGCAGAAAAUAGGAUGCGAAUGGGUUACAGACAUACCAAAAACACAAGCCUGGCUGAUCCAUUUUAAAAUUAAAAGUAUGUUUUGUUAAUUUUUGGUAAGAAAUGCUAAUGUUUGUGAGGUAAUGUGCAGUGAUGUGGUCAAUAAUGAAAAAAGAACACGCCCUAUACACACUACUUGUAAGACACUUUUAUCCAAAGCGACUUACAUACUCAAUACUGUGGCCAAUCACCACAGGAGUAAUUUGGGCUGAAGUGU